AUGGAGGCGAUGGAGGGGGUAGUGCAUGAAGUAGACAAUGGGACCGUCUCUGCCGCAUCACACACCGUGUACGUGAGUAACAUCUUCGAGAAGUUGAAGCUUGAAGAGCUCAAAAAUUGCAUGCGGACAAUCUUCGAGCAAUUCGGGCCGGUGCUGGACGUGGUCGCUCGCAAGACAUAUCGCCUGAGAGGCCAGGCGUGGGUGGUGUUUGAGAGGGCAGAGGAUGCCGAGAAGGCUGUCAAGCUCCUACAAGGUUUCCCGUUCUACAGCAAGCAGCUGAAGCUAGCCCUGGCGAAAACGAAAUCUGAUGCUGUCGCCAAGGUAGAGGGCGUGUACUCUGAGGAGUACGUUGAGGCGCGACGCAAAAAGGCCAAGGAAGACAAACAGGCCGUCGCAGCGGUCGCAGAGCCGGCUCCCGUCGGCUAUGCGCCACCUGUCCAGGGGGGCCCAGCCGCCGUCCAUCCCGCAGAGCAGGCGGUGAAUGCGCCCAACAAGAUCCUGUUCCUGGAGAACGUCCCUGCCGGGACCAACGAAGGCAUGCUCUCCGUCCUCUUCACACAGUACCCCGGUUUCGUGGAGGUGCGGCUCGUCCCCCAGCGCCCCGGCAUCGCAUUCGUGGAGUUUGGCGAUGAGCGGCAGGCAGGCACGGCCAUGGUCUCCCUCCAGGGCUUCAAGAUGGCCACCGACAUGCCCCUGCGCAUCACCUUUGCCAAGCAGUGA